ACACGAUGCUCGUGAGAUACCGUCACGUACACCAGCGGCACAGCCGGAUGUUUUACAGCAGCAGCGACUGAUCGAAACUCACUGUGUUUUAUCAAUUGACCUUGCCGACGGACACUGGAAAUCAGGAGGCGUUAUAAACAUCCAUCUCACGGAAAAAACUGAAAAUGCCUCUGGGUGAAGAGAAGAACGGAGCGUGUGAUAGGACCAUUUAUGUGAACAAUCCUCAUUUAGACUCCAUGACAGAUGACAUCCUUUACCAUUUUAACCUGGGAACAUCCACUCAUGACUUACCAGCGAUGUUUGGAGAUGUCAAAUUUGUGUGUGUAGGAGGAAGUGCAUGGAGGAUGAAGUCUUUCACCGAAUACAUUGCCAAAGAACUCGGGCUAUCAGAGCCUAAUGCCGAAUAUCCAAAUAUAUGUGCCGGGACUGAUCGCUAUGCCAUGUACAAAGUUGGACCUGUGCUGUCUGUCAGUCAUGGCAUGGGCAUCCCAUCCAUCUCUAUAAUGUUGCAUGAGCUUAUCAAGCUCCUGUAUCAUGCUCGCUGCACCGAUGUCACCGUAGUGCGCAUCGGGACAUCAGGAGGAAUAGGUUUAAAGCCAGGAACUGUGGUGGUUACCAAACAGUCAGUGGAUUCUUUGUUUCAGCCUCGUUUUGAGCAGAUCAUCUUGGGUAAACCAGUGGUCAGGAGCACAGAACUUGAUGGGGAACUAGCAGAGGAGCUGCUUCAGUGUGGCAAAGACCUUGCAGAGUUUGAGACUGUCAUUGGAAACACAAUGUGCACCCUUGACUUCUAUGAAGGUCAAGCUCGGCUGGAUGGGGCCUUCUGCUCGUACAGCGAAGAGGAUAAACAGAGCUAUCUUGCCGAAGCGUAUGCCGCUGGAGUUCGUAACAUCGAGAUGGAGUCAUCUGUGUUCGCGGCCAUGUGCAAACUGAGCAAUCUUCGAGCUGCAGUUGUGUGUGUAACACUGCUGGACAGACUGAAAGGAGACCAGCUGACCAGCUCUCAUGACAUCCUGAAUAGCUACCAGCAGCAACCUCAGACCUUGGUUGGACAUUACAUCAAAAAGAGGCUGAAUGCUUCUAAGAAAAGCUAGUUAGCUUUUCAACAAAGCUUUUACAACAGUCCCAAGGGAGGGUAGGGAAAAGUAUAUUGCGGUUUUGAUGAGGAUGAUAAUUAUUUGAAUAUAUGGCAAUGAAAGCAGCUCUUUUACGUUUAUCAAAAGUGAUUUUUCUACGGUUUUUAAUACUGUAGUUACUAACAUGCUCUUACAAACUUAUGGCUUGAAUGUAAUACCAUAAUUUCCUUAUUUUUCAAUUGGUAAUAAGCACAUUUUGUUCUGGAUGAUUUGAUUUGUCUUAAAUAUCAGAUAUUUAUUAUUGUUUUAAAAAGCACUAUAUUAAAACUACUGAUGAAGUAGUUGUGUAAAAGGGAAAGAUGCUAUAGUUACAUUAAAAGGGUCCAAAGAGCAUUUUUGAAUAACUGUAAACCUGUUUGUUGGUCUAUGUUACAAACAAAAUGUUUGUAAAAUUUUACUGUAAUGUUCACAGAUGUCUUAAUUAAAUCUUGGAUUAUAUUUCUACUUAAGUUUGCAAUGGUUAACAUGCUAAAUAUUAUUUUAAUCCUGCGACUGAAUGUUUUGUUAUACAACGCUGUAAACAAAAAACACAAAGGUGACUUAAUUUAAUAAAUGAAAGUUGUAUGAAA